CAUUUACCGCCUGUAGGACUCAACAUCAGUAGCAACCAGUAACCACUUCUACAUACUGACUGCAAAUCUGCACCAAGCACAAUGAGUGCAGAUGGAGCAGUUGAAGGUGCUUCAGAUGGGGUGAAGGUUUUCUAUGUCCACACUGCCAUCCCGGAUCAGAACAGCCCUAGGGGCACAAACCCUCCAGUGUACACUAGUGGUGGAGGAAACCUGGGCACAAGCCUGGGGUCUGGAGAAGUCAAGCACAAGUUUGUAAGCUACGACACAGAGCUGGGCUUUCACCCUGGCAUGACCACCUGCCCCACCUGUCAGCAGCAGGUCAUGACUGAGGUCACCUUCAAAGCAGGGAGGUACGCCUGGCUUACACUCCUGCUCAUCUUCUGCCUCGGGUUGCUCAUGUGCCUGGCUCCCUGGUUACUGAUGCCCAUGGUAUUGCAUAAAAGAUUCAAGGACGCGUACCACACAUGCCCCCGCUGCAACAGAGUCCUGCAUGUGGAGAAGAGGCAGUGCUGUCAAUGACAGGCGUGAAGGCACAAAUGGACCCACAGAAAUACCAAAUCAGAUCCUGUCAGCUCCGUCUGUGCUUUGGUCACAUUCUAAGGGACUGAAUAAAAGCAAGUUAUUUCUAUGGGUGAACCAAACAUCAACGACUUCCACAUGAUAGCUUAUUAUUCACUAAGAGACCUGGGGCCUCAUGUAUGAAGGGUGUGUACGCCCAAAAACAUGGCGUAAGCACUUUUCCAUGCUUGUGUUUACAUGUAUAAAGCAUGAAAUGACCAUGAAAAUGUGCAGUCUCUACGCCAACUUCAUAGCUGGCAUAUGUACGUUUAGUGCUUUGGAACUAUUGGUGACACUUACAGGUGAUGUUGGGAAACUGUUAAUAAUGUGAAAAAGCUAAUUCCUCAGAGUGAUGUGCACAUCAGAGAUACACAGAUGACCAGUUAACACACUGGUACACCAUCCUACUGCCAGAGGAGCACAUCCCCCCACCAGACCAACCAGACCAACCCCAGACCCAUAAAUGCUAAUCCUGUAAUUGAAUCUGCAAUUGAAUCUGCGAGGCCUUUCGGGCCCGGCAACAUGUGAUUUCAACCAUACAAAGAAACAAGGACACAAAAUCCACUUGUUGAUAAAUGCAUCUAAUGCAGUAUUGAUGUCUGUGAGAACAUUUAAAAUCGGUCCAGGUGCUCAUCGAUGCCACUGAUUGCCCUCACAAUAUCCUCUUGUGACUCCAGCACAGCACGGGUGAGGACACAGCUGGUUGGAUGGGCAUCAGCAGCUGGCUGUUGUGGUGGACCAGAGGAUCGGCUGGUGCUGGGGAGGCUGGAGGAAGCCCCUGGGUCUGGGAUCCAAGACUGGGAUGGGACACUCUAAUGCCGCGUUUCCACUACAUGGAACCAGCUCAACUUGACUCAGGUACCAGGUACCAUUCCUGGAGACCAUUUCCAUUACAGGAUAUUACCAACUUCAGAGUACCUGGACGUCAUAGUGACGCGGAAUGUUACUUCCGUGUCAUCUGCUCAGAGAGUUGCUGAUAAAGUCGCUCACUGCCUGUUGCCCCGUCAAGCUCACGCUGAAUUUUUUCAUCGACCACCGAAGACAACAAUGUCUGAACCUCUGUGGCUGACCAUGGUGUAGUUUUGCGGGCUGCCGUCAUGUGGAUUAACCUACCAGUAUAUUUACUGUAAACUUCUGAAAUCUGUUUUUUUUAAAGGCACAUUGAUGACACAGUGACGCAGAGACAACUCUCUGACCAGUCAGUGGUCUGCAGUAUUUACACGUCAUGUUUUAGUAUCUCUUCCCCAGUUUUGGAACCUUGACGGAGCAGAUACCAACAAACUAGUACUGGGUACCAGAUUCCAGGUCCUUUUACGUAAUGGAAACUCAAAAAGGCCGAGUUGAGUCAAGUCGAGUCGGUACCACAUAGUGGAAAUACGGCAUAAAACACUUAACGUAAAAAAGCUUAACGUAGCUUAAUGCCCAAAAACUGCGAUCAACCAUCACCAAAUUAUGCCUGUCCAUCUCUAAUCAUGUCCACUUUCAACUCUCCUGAAAUCAAAACAAAAAUCCCAGAAUUAUGGAUGCUGUCCACGUUAAGCUUUUUCCUCUGCAUAGGCACACAUUAUAGAGAAAAACCUUAAUGUAGCUUAACGUCCAAAAACUGUGAUCAAUCAUCACCAAUCGCAUCAUUUUGAUUUUUGGAGAGGUGAAAGUGGACAUGAUUACAGAUGUCCAUGCAUAAUUUGGUGAUGACUGAUCACUGUUUUCAGACAUUAAGCUACGUUAAGCUUUUUCACAUUAAGUGUUUUAGACUGCCCUGCUGUGUCUCAUCGUCUUCUCCUGCCUCAUUGUCUGUUGGAAAAUAAUAAAUUGAGUAUUGAAACAUGAGUCAAAGUCUUUGAGUGGUGACUCUGCUCAGAUGGGCAGAGUUCAUCCUCUUCUCUCCUCCCUGCCUGUUUUGGCCUCCGCUUCACGUCCACCUUGACGUCAUCUGAUCACGCAGAGAGGAGAAUCCCACCUGCAGGUCCUGUUUAUACUCAUUUGUAUGGGGGCAUAGAGGGGGAGGAGUCUGGUACUCUGACAUAGGCAGUCAAUUCCACACUGAUUGGGAUAUAUAAAGGAAAUGUACUUGGAUUCAGUUUUAUUCAUCUGGAUUUUUUGGGGGUGUACAGAGUUUUCUGGAUGUGAGCAUACACCAGGUUUCACUAUGAAAUCUAUACAAGUCUUUAUACAUGAGGCUCCAGGAGUGAUUUAACUGUCAGAGCUGCUCACUUGUUCACACUUUGGCAGGUAUAAUAAAGCACAUCCAAUGCAAUUUUUGGUUCCAGCAGAAAAAAUUGAUCCCCUUUGAUCCCUCUUUCAAACUUUUGUAUACCUAAUAUUGAAAUGAAGGCUUAUAGACUAAAUCCAA